GCUCGCCCUUCCCCGGCCCCUGACGCAGAGCCGAGGGGCCUGCCCGUCCCCGUGCCCGGAGGUGGCUGCCUCGGCGGCGCCGGCGGUUGUGUCGGUUGGCGGCGCGGAUGGGCGGUUGGUAGCCGCCGCCGAGGACGAGGCGGCGGCGGAAGAUGGUGCCGGGGGCCGCGGGCCCUGCUGCUGCUGCCGGCGGAGGAGGAGGCGCUGCCCGUUCACUGAGUUUAACCAGUAAUGCCAUUCAGUUGCCAAUAUCAAGCAAAGCAGACAUAAGCCACUUGUAAUCUGCUUCUUAACAACAGUGGUAGUCCUUUUAACAGUGCCUGCUGUAACCGUAUCAGAGUGUGAAGUGUAAGCUUACAGAAUCCAGGAAACCAUCAUGAAGUUGUAUGUAUUUCUGGUGAACACUGGAACCACCCUGACAUUUGACACUGAACUUACAGUGCAAACUGUGGCUGACCUGAAGCAUGCAAUCCACAGCAAGUACAAGAUCGCCAUCCAGCACCAGGUGCUGGUGGUCAACGGGGGCGAGUGCAUGGCUGCCGACCGCAGGGUGUGCACCUACAGCGCCGGGACGGACACAAAUCCAAUUUUUCUUUUUAACAAGGAAAUGAUCUUAUCUGAGCGUCUACCUGCUAUUCCUAAAACUACCUUUUCAACAGAAAAUGACAUGGAGAUAAAAGUCGAAGAGUCCCUUAUGAUGCCUGCCGUUUUUCACACUGUUGCUUCAAGGACACAGCUUGCAGUGGAAAUGUAUGAAGUUGCCAAGAAACUCUGCUCUUUCUGUGAAGGUCUGGUCCAUGAUGAACAUCUUCAGCACCAAGGCUGGGCUGCAAUCAUGGCCAAUCUGGAAGAUUGCUCAAAUUCCUACCAAAAGCUGCUUUUCAAAUUUGAAAGUAUUUAUUCAAAUUAUCUGCAAUCCGUAGAAGACAUCAAAUUAAAACUUACUCAUUUAGGAACUGCGGUUUCAGUCAUGGCCAAGAUUCCACUGUUGGAGUGCCUCACCAGACACAGUUACAGGGAAUGUCUGGGGAGAGUGGAUUCCUUGCCUGAACGCGAAGGCUCAGAAAAGGCUGAGACGAAGACCUCCACUGAACUGGUGCUCUCUCCUGAUACACCGGCAGCAACGAGCAAACCCUCUUUAACCUCAUUUCACUCGUCUGUGGAGCAUGUAGCCCCAGACACCGCAGAUGCUGAAAGUGGAAAAGAUGUGAGGGAGCCUUGUCCAAGCCCUGCCCAGCAGGACGCAGCUGCAGUAGAGGCUAAAGAGGGGGACCUGCCUUUCUUUAAUGUUUCUCUGUUGGACUGGAUCAACGUGCAGGACAGGCCUAAUGACGUCGAGUCCUUGGUCAGGAAGUGCUUUGAUUCCAUGAGCAGGCUUGAUCCCCGGAUCAUUCGACCCUUUAUGGCAGAAUGCCGUCAGACUAUUGCCAAUCUCGAUAAUCAGAACAUGAAAGCCAUCAAGGGCCUGGAGGACAGGCUGUACGCCCUGGACCAGAUGAUUGCCAGCUGCGGCCGACUGGUCAACGAGCAGAAAGAACUCGCUCAGGGAUUUUUAGCUAAUCAGAUGAGAGCUGAAAACUUGAAGGAUGCAUCUGUGCUACCUGAUUUGUGCCUGAGUCAUGCAAAUCAGUUGAUGAUUAUGUUGCAAAACCAUAGAAAGCUGUUGGACAUUAAACAGAAGUGCACCACUGCCAAACAGGAGCUCGCAAAUAACCUUCACGUCAGACUCAAGUGGUGUUGCUUUGUGAUGCUCCACGCUGAUCAGGAUGGAGAGAAGUUGCAGGCCUUGCUCCGCCUGGUUAUCGAGCUCUUAGAGAGAGUCAAGAUAGUAGAAGCUCUGAGCACAGUUCCUCAGAUGUACUGCUUAGCUGUUGUCGAGGUUGUCAGGAGAAAAAUGUUCAUAAAACACUACAGGGAGUGGGCCGGUGCUUUAGUCAAGGACGGAAAGCAGUUAUAUGAGGCUGAGAAGUCAAAAAGGGAAUCCUUUGGGAAAUUAUUUAGGAAGUCUUUUCUAAGAAAUCGUCUGUUCAGGGGAUUGGACUCCUGGCCCCCAUCCUUUUGUACACAGAAGCCUCGAAAGUUUGACUGUGAACUUCCAGAUAUUUCAUUAAAAGAUUUACAGUUUCUGCAAUCAUUUUGUCCUUCUGAAGUUCAGCCAUUCCUCAGGGUUCCCUUACUUUGUGACUUUGAACCUCUCCACCAGCAUGUACUCGCUCUGCAUAAUUUGGUAAAGGCAGCACAAAGUUUGGAUGAAAUGUCACAGACCAUUACAGACCUGCUGAGUGAACAAAAGGCCUCUGCGAGUCAGACGUCCCCGCAGUCGGCUUCCUCGCCCCGGCUGGAAAGCGCGACAGGAAUCACAACCACUACCUCACCCAGGACACCGCCUCCACUCGCCGUGCAGGAUCCCCUGUGUCCUGCGGUCUGCCCCUUAGAGGAGCUGUCGCCAGACAGCAUCGACGCCCACACGUUCGACUUUGAGACUAUCCCCCAUCCAAAUAUAGAGCAUACUCUCCACCAGGCCUCCUUAGACUUGGAUUCACUAGCAGAAAGUCCUGAGUCGGACUUUAUGUCUGCGGUGAAUGAGUUUGUCAUAGAGGAGCAGCUAUCGUCUCCAAACCCCAUCAGUGACCCGCAGAGCCCGGAGAUGAUGGUGGAGUCCCUCUACUCCUCUGUCAUCAAUGCCAUUGACAGCAGACGGAUGCAGGACACCAGUGCCCCCAGUCAGGAGGAUCUGGGCGACCACGCGUCCCUCAGCGUCCAGCUGGGGAGGUGCCGCACAUCCGCCCACGACUCACACCUCAGCAUUCAGACCCUGAAGGAGGACUUCUGCCACUUCCGGACGUUCGUGCAGAAGGAACAGUGCGACUUUGCCAAUUCCUUGCAGUGUACAGCAGUAGAAAUAAGAAGCAUUAUCGACAAAGUAAAGCACUCUUUGGAAAUAACACUACAUGAAAAACAUCAAAAAGAACUAGAGUCUUUAAAAAGCGAGUAUGAGGGCAGGCUUGCUACUCUGGUGAAGGAGAGUGAAGACAACAAGAGCAAGAUCACCAAGCUGCGGGGGGACCUGGUGUGCCUGGAGGAGGUGCUGCAGAAUAAGGACAAUGAGUUCGCUCUGGUCAAGCACGAGAAGGAAGCCGUCAUCUGCCUGCAGAAAGAGAAGGACCAGAAGCUGCUCGAGAUGGAGCGCACGGUGCACACCCAGCACUGUGAGAUGGAAGCCCUGCGGCAGUCGCACGAGGUUGCACUGGAGGACUUGAAGAAGCUCCACGUGGAGAAUGACGAGAAGCUCCAGCUACUGCGGGCAGAGCUCCAGCGCCUGGAGCAGAGUCAUCUGAAGGAGCUGGAGGACACACUGCAUGGCCGUCACACACAGGAGUUGGAGAAGGCCGUGAGCGAGCACAGGCUCUGCUUGGAGAAACUAGAAAUGGAAAACCAGCAGAGGAUUGAGCAGAUCCAAGACUCUCAUGCCGCAGUCAUCCAGGAGAAGGAGCAGCAGCUCCAGGAGUUAAAGCUCAAGGUUUCGGAUUUGUCGGACACGAGAUGUAAGUUGGAGGUGGAGCUGGCUCUGAAGGAAGCAGAAACUGACGAGAUAAAAAUGUUGCUGGAAGAAAGCAGAGCCCAGGAGAAGAAGACCUUGCAGUCUGUCUUUGAAAAAGAGACCGAAGAGUUGAGAGCAGAGAUCAGUAAACUAAACCAAAAGAUUCACGACAAUAAUGAAAAUUAUCAGGUGGGCUUGGCAGAGCUGAGAACUUUAAUGACAGUUGAAAAAGAUCAGUGCAUUUCCGAGUUAAUUAGUAGACAUGAAGAAGAAUCUGAUAGGCUUACAACUGAUUUAAACAAAAUGACAUCAUUGUAUCAGCAAGCAUUUGAAAUAGAAAAAGGCCUGAAAGAAGAAUUAGCUGAACUGCAGAGUAAAUUGGACUUAGAAUUGAGUGCUCUUGAAAAACAAAAAGAUGAGAAAAUCUCCCAGCAAGAGGAUAUGUACAAAGCUAUUAUCCAGAAGCUAGAGAAAGACAAAGAGGAAUUUGUCAUGAGACAGGAACGGGACCGCGAACGGCUAGUUCAGAGGCUUAAUUGUGAAAGAGAAGCUGCUAUUGAGACUGCCAAAAAAGAAAUGCACUUGGAAAGAGAAGCUGUUGAGAAAGAGUUGUUAGAGAAAGUUAAACAUCUUGAGAGUCAAUUAGCAAAAAGUCAUGCCAUGGAAUCUGCCAGAGAAGAUUCUUCAAGCCUAGUUGCUGAACUUCAAGAAAAGCUCCAGGAAGAAAAAGCUAAGUUUCUAGAACAACUUGAAGAGCAGGAGAAAAGGAAGAAUGAGGAGAUGCAGAAUGUUCGAACAUCUUUGAUCGCUGAGCAGCAGACCAAUUUUAACACUGUUUUAACAAGAGAGAAAAUGAGGAAAGAAAACAUAAUCAAUGAUCUCAGUGAUAAGCUCAAGAGCACAAUGCAGCAGCAGGAGCGGGACAAAGAUCUGAUCGAGUCCCUGUCUGAGGACCGUGCGCGUCUGCUGGAGGAGAAGAAGCGACUGGAAGAGGAGGUUAGCCGGCUGCGGGGCGGUGCCUUCGUGCCCUCCCCGGGCAUGGCUGCAGCCCCAGAGUUGUACGGGGCCUGUGCGCCUGAGCCCCCGGUGGAGGCCCUCGACACCCUUGGUGAGGGGAGGCCAGACUCAGCCAUGGAGACCAGCACGAUGUCUGUCCAAGAAAACGUCCACGUGCUCUCUGAAGAAAGACAGCGGAUAAUGCUGUUGGAACGAACACUACAGUUGAAAGAAGAAGAAAACAAGCGGUUAAAUCAGAGACUGAUGUCUCAGAGCAUGUCUUCCGUAUCCUCGAGGCAUUCUGAGAAGAUAGCCAUUAGAGAUUUCCAGGUGGGUGACCUGGUGCUCAUCAUCCUGGACGAGCGCCACGACAACUACGUGCUCUUCACCGUGAGCCCCACCCUCUACUUCCUGCACGCCGAGUCCCUGCCCGCCCUGGACCUCAGGCCGGGAGAGGGCGCUUCAGGUGCAUCUCGAAGACCGUGGGUCCUUGGAAAAGUGAUGGAAAAGGAGUACUGCCAGGCCAAAAAGGCACAAAACAGAUUUAAAGUUCCUUUGGGGACAAAGUUUUACAGAGUGAAAGCUGUGUCAUGGAAUAAGAAAGUAUAAUUUGAGGAAGAAAUUGAGACCUUCUGUGAUGUUUCCUGGUUUGUCCAACAGUGCUCUUUCAUCACUCCAAAAACAGCAGGCCAUCUUUUUAUAUAAAAGUCAACAGGACAAUGUACUUCAUUGGUGUAUAUCAUUUACUUUUUACCUGACUACACUUUAGGAACAAUAAAUUCAUCAAAACUCUGAGCUGAAUUAAAAUGGUUUUGUUUUUUUCUACCCAAGUAACUCAGAAAUGGGGACCAAACUAGUUCAUUUUCUCAAAGGGCAUACCCUGUGCAUUGUGGCCUACGAUAAGCCAUGCUAAUUGCCUGUUACAUAUACAUGAGCUUGAAUUUAGAUAGUCCGUGUUAGUUACUGUACCAGCAUUUGUCUUUUUGUGAAGCCAAUAUCAGAAGACUUGCACUCUUUAACACAUUCUUUAUAAAAUGUAUACAUUCUUCAAAACUAUUUAAAGAGGAGUGUUCCUGCAUGCGGAUAAUCAUGAUUUUGUUUGCCUCUGUAGAUUACUAAAGCAAAUUGUUUCAUUUAUUUUUUUAAAUGCCCUUUGAUGUUUCAAAACAAAAAGGAAUUCUAAUUCAAUUGACUGACUUUAAGAUCAGGCAUAUCCACAGUCUUGAGAAGCACUUUGAGCAGAUGGUCGCCUGGGUUCUCCAAGGAGGAGUGUGCUGGGGGUGGUCUCCAAGUAGCACACAGCCCCUCCCAACACUUUCGUACUCUGUUUAGAAGAAUCAUAUCAACGAGGUUCAUGGUUCAGUUUCAGAAAAGCAUAUUCAUUGUACAUUAACCAUUUAGAGGUCAUUUAAAUAACAAAAUGUUGUAUUGUAAAAGACAUGUAGAAUUUUAAAACAAUAAAGAUUUGAACCUGUAAA